AUGGAGCUUGAAAGAAUCAUUCGAGACACACUGACAUGCUUCAUCCAGUCCCACAUCCCUGCUGCAGACCUAAGUGGGAUGGAUGAUGUUUUCUUCUCUUACAUCACGAGUGUCCUGGAAGAGCUGGGCUCACCAGAGUCCUCUGAGGAGACCUUUGACAUGGACACCUUUGUGGAAAUGAUGGAGGCAUAUAUUCCUGGUUUUGCAGAAAUCCACAGUGGGGAUGUUUGUGAAAUGAUGUUCUCUCUGUCAGAAAGACUUGGUGAAGCUCGCGACAAAGAAAAACCUGGCCAAAAGGCCGUGGAAAGCAGGAGUGAAGAACCUUCUGAAGACCUGACGAAGGGCCAGGAGCCUGGAGCUGGAGCCUGCAACGGGGAAAGGCUGUGCACUCCAACAGACGGAGCAGGGGCCCAGGAAGGCAAUGACUUGAAGGAUGGGGUGGAGUUGCUACUGGAGAUGUUCCCAGCCUGUACUGUGAGCCAGGCAGAGAAGGCACUCGCCAUGGCCUUGGGGAACUUGGAGGAGGCAGUGCAGUUAAUUGUGGAGGAGAAGGUGGAAAUCGGCCCAGCAGGUGCGAGCGUGAAGGUACUGUAUUCUGAGCUGGCCAGCACCCCAGCGGAGCUGUGGCUGGCACCCCCCUUCCCACACUCCCAGGAACUGGCACGGCCCCGCAGAGCGCCCAACCACGAGGAACUAAAACAGGUUAUCCUACAGAAAUACAUGAUGGUGGAUAGCGCAGACGAUCAGAAAACACAUCGGCCAGCUCCACCCAAAGAGGCUCCCAAGAAGUUGAUCCGCUAUAUCGAUAACCAGGUGGUGAGUACAAAGGGAGAAAGGUACAAAGACAUCAAGAAGCCUGAGAGCGAGGAGAUGAAGAGAACCUACAUCAGCCUCAAACCAGCCAGGAAGUACAAGUUCCACUGACAGCCAGGUCCUCCUGCUCUUCAGCCUCCACCUCACCAGCCAGGCAUGGCAGGACGGACACAUGGCACUAGGGAUGAGGGGACUCCUCCACCUGCCACUAACUGGAACUAACCUGGGAGCCAGGACACUGCUUGCAGCUUCCUCAACUAACCCGGUUGCUGAGGAAGAGCCUUCUCUCCUUGUGUAGCUGUCCCUCUGCCCCCAGGGGCACACCACAGUGGCUCUCUGGAGCCUGGGCAUUCUCUGCUAUUCCUUGCAUGGGACAUUUUUAGAUCUAAGAUGUGGCUUGUGCUUUUGCAGCAAGCUUUUUACAAGUCUGUGUGCACUGUUGCUUUAAAUUGAGUGCCAGUGUUAAUAAAGAUGAUGCGAGUUGGUGUGUAGU